GCAGACCGCCUCAUCACUUCCUUCAUUUCACGGCAGAGGCUGUUCAACCCUGAAAGGCAGUCUCCUCCCCCAUAGGGCUGCUGUACUGGGCAGAAAAAAGCCCUGUUUGUCUCACAGGAAGAACUUUCAAUCAUGAAGAAAACCGUCAGUUGAGAAACCGCCACUGAGCACCUUCUGCACUGCAGCUUUUCAGUCGCUUUGACUUGCCGAGUGAGACUCGCGGUGUUUUCCUGUCAGCAGCACACCUCCACCCUCUGCCAAAUGGACUGAGCCUUUGAGUCGACAGACAGGGGAAGGUUUCUGAGGUUGUUUCAGAGAGCUGGAAGUGCCCUCAAAUCCAGCCUGCUCUGCUCUGCUCCUCAGGACUGCACUUUUAGACCCGAACUCCAGGAGCCAUGUCAGAACACAGGUCUAGUUUCCUUCACAUUGGGGACAUCGUGUCUCUGUACGCGGAGGGCACUGUCAAUGGAUUUAUCAGCACGCUGGGGCUGGUGGAUGAUCGGUGUGUGGUACAGCCAGAAGCUGGAGACCUGGCAAAUCCUCCUAAGAAAUUCAGAGAUUGCCUGUUCAAGGUGUGUCCUAUGAACCGGUACUCAGCACAGAAACAGUUCUGGAGGGCCAAACAGGGAAAGCAAGGGGGCAAUACAGAGGGGGACCUCUUUAAAAAAUUGCAGCAUGCAGCAGAACUGGAACAGAAACAGAAUGAGACGGAGAACAAGAAGCUGCUUGGCGAAGUGGUCAAAUACAGCCAAGUCAUACAGCUGCUACACAUUAAGAGUAAUAAGUACCUGACGGUCAAUAAACGUCUGCCAGCUCUGUUAGAGAAGAACGCUAUGCGGGUGUCUCUCGAUCCCUCAGGCAACGAGGGCUCCUGGUUCUACAUCCAGCCUUUCUGGAAGCUCCGCAGUGAGGGAGACAAUGUGGUAGUGGGAGAUAAAGUGGUCCUGAUGCCUGUGAACGCUGGCCAGCCGUUGCAUGCCAGCAACAUUGAACUACUGGACAACCCAGGCUGCAAUGAGGUGAAUGCUGUAAACUGUAACACAAGCUGGAAGGUCACUCUCUUCAUGAAGUUCAGUGAUUACAGAGAGGAUGUCUUAAAAGGGGGUGAUGUGGUUAGGUUGUUCCAUGCUGAGCAGGAGAAAUUUCUGACUUGUGAUGACUACAAGGAUCAGCAGCACAUUUUCCUUAGGACGACUCUCCGGCAAUCAGCCACUUCUGCCACCAGCUCCAAAGCACUCUGGGAAGUUGAGGUGGUGCAUUAUGACCCCUGUAGAGGUGGAGCUGGCCAGUGGAACAGUCUCUUUCGCUUCAAACACCUGGCCACAGGCAAAUACCUCGCAGCAGAGGUAAAUCCUGAUUACCGUGAUGAGAGUACAGAUUCCAAAACUGAGACUGAGUCAGACUCCAUUUACUCUAAGAAAAAACGGCCAGUUGAGAAGAUUACUUACAUCUUGGUGUCUGUCCCACAUGGAAAUGACAUUGCCUCCUUGUUUGAACUGGACGCCACCACCCUACAGCGGGCCGACUGCCUAGUGCCCAGGAACUCCUAUGUCAGGCUUAGGAACCUGUGUACCAACACAUGGGUGACCAGUACCAACAUCCCUAUCGAUCAAGAGGAGGAAAGACCUGUUAUGCUCAAGAUUGGCACAUGUCCCACCAAGGAGGACAAAGAGGCAUUUGCCAUUGUCUCUGUACCCCUGUCUGAAGUAAGGGACCUGGACUUUGCUAACGAUGCUAACAAGGUCCUGGAGGCCUUUGUGCGCAAGCUGGAGAAGAGCGUCAUCACUCAGAAUGACCGCAGGUUUGUCACUAAGCUGCUGGAGGAUUUGAUCUUCUUUGUGUGUGAGGUGCCCAAUAAUGGGCAGGAUGUGCUUUCUGUGGUCAUCUCCAAACCCAACCGAGAGAGACAGAAGCUCAUGAGAGAACAAAACAUUCUUGCACAGAUAUUUGGGAAUUUGAAAGCUCCAUUUGCAGAAAGGGAGGAUGGGCCCAUACUGAAGCUGGAGGACUUGGGUGACCAACGCUAUGCUCCAUUUAAAUAUAUGCUGCAGUUGUGCUACCGGAUCCUACGCCACUCACAGCAGGACUACCGCAAAAACCAGGAAUAUAUUGCUAAGAAGUUCUCAAUCAUGCAGUCUCAGAUUGGCUAUGAGAUUCUGGCAGAAGACACAAUCACAGCCUUAUUGCACAACAAUCGCAAGCUACUGGAGAAGCAUAUCACAGCACGGGAAAUUGAAACCUUUGUCAAGCUCCUACGUAGGAACCGUGAGCCCAGGUUUCUGGAUUACCUCUCGGACCUGUGUGUAUCCAAUAAAACAGCAAUCCCUGUAACUCAGGAGCUCAUCUGCAAGUUCAUGCUCAACCCUACUAAUGCAGACAUCCUCAUUCAGACCAAACUGAUUCCACACAUUGAGAACUCUAUGGAUUCGUCUCUAAUGCAUGAUGAAGGUGAAGAGGAGGAGGUGUGGCUGUACUGGAUUGACCACAAUAAAGAACCCCAUGGCAAGUCCAUCCGCCACCUGGCCCAGGAUGCUAAGGGCAACCAUAAAUUAGACGUUGAUAUCAUCACCUACUACAGGUGUCAGCUGAAUCUGUUUGCUAAGAUGUGCCUUGACCGGCAGUAUUUGGCCAUCAAUCAGAUUUCCACCCAGCUGCCUGUGGAUCUGAUCCUGCGCUGCAUGUUUGACGACUGCCUGCCCUACAACCUACGCGCUUCCUUUUGCCGCCUCAUGCUGCACAUGCAUGUGGACCGUGAUCCCCAGGAGGCCGUUGUGCCUGUACGCUAUGCCCGCCUCUGGACUGAAAUCCCGUCUAAGAUCUCCGUCCAAGACUAUGAGUACGAGUUCAGAGACACAUCCAGAGCGGAAAUGAAGAGGAAGUUUGCUCCUACGAUGGACUUUGUGGAUGACUACCUGAAAGAUGUGGUGAGCCAGUCUUUCCCCUUUGGAGAUGAGGAAAAGAAUGAGCUUACUCUAGAGGUGGUGAACCUGGCACGUAACUUGGUCUACUUUGGCUUCUAUAGCUUCAAUGAGCUUCUGUGUCUCACGCGCACCCUGCUGGCCAUCCUGGACAUCGUGCAGCACAUGCUCACAUUCAUGCCUAAACUCUCCAAAGGCCCUGAGGGAGGUAAUAACGUCCUGCGCACCAUCCAUGGCGUGGGUGAGAUGAUGACUCAGAUGGUGCUCAGCCGAGGCUCUAUGCUGCCCCACGGCCAUUCUGAGUCUCAGCCAAUGACGGGCCGUGGAAAACCACUCUGUCUCCUUGACAACCAGGACGUGAUGGUGAUGGACACUAAGCUCAGGAUCAUUGAGAUUCUGCAGUUUAUUCUGAGUGUGCGUUUGGACUACCGGAUCACCUACCUUCUGUCCAUCUACAAGAAAGAGUUUGGAGACCAGAGUUUGACAGACGGCACUCUCUCAGUCACUGACUUUCCCCCUGUGCAACCUGAGCCCAACGUAGAGGAGAUUGCUGAAAAAGCAGAGAGUAUGUUUGCUGGGAGUGGUAAGGAGAGGGAUUUAGUGGAUCUGGAUGAUGAAGGAGGCAGGACAUUUCUGCGAGUGCUGAUUCACCUCAUCAUGCAGGACUAUCCUCCUCUCGUCUCAGGCUCACUGCAGCUCAUCUUCAAACACUUCAGCCAGAGAGCCGAGGUCCUUCAGGCAUUCAAACAGGUCCAGCUGCUGGUCUCUGAGCAGGAUGUGGAAAACUAUAAGCAGAUAAAGGCAGAUCUAGACCAGCUGCGACUGACUGUGGAGAAGUCUGAGCUCUGGGUAGAGAAGAGUGGAACCUAUGGUAAUGAGGACACGACUGAAAACCAGAACAAGGAGCAGAUCAUAGAGGAGGCGGGCAUCCUCAGUCCAGUACAGGAUGGAAACAUUAAGCCACAGAUAGACAGUAACAAAGCCAACAACUACAUCAUUGUUAAAGAGAUCCUGCAACGUCUCAACAAGCUCUGUUACUCUUCUAAGAAGAGCCGUGUGCAACAGCAAAGACUACUGAAGAACAUGGGCGCUCAUACUGUGGUGCUGGACCUGCUACAGAUCCCUUAUGAGAAAGGAGAUGAGAAAAUGUCUGAGAUUAUGACCAUGGCCCACACCUUCCUGCAGAACUUCUGCAAUGAUAACCCUCAGAACCAGAUUCUGCUUCACAAACACCUCAACCUGUUCCUCACACCUGGGCAUCUGGAGGCAAAGACCAUGCGUUACAUCUUCCAAAACAACUACCACCUGUGUAAUGAAAUCAGUGACCGCGUGGUGCAUCACUUUGUACACUGCAUCGAAACACAUGGCCGCUCCAUCCACUACCUGCGCUUUCUUCAGACUAUCGUGAAAUCAGAUGGCAAGUAUGUGAAGAAGUGCCAGGACAAGGUGAUGACUGAGCUCGUGAAUGGAGGUGAAGAGGUGCUGCUGUUCUACAAUGACCGGGCCUCGUUCCCUACACUGCUGCAGCUGAUGAGCUCAGAGCGGGAGCGCCAUGAUGAGGCCAGUGCCCUCUCCUACCACAUCAACCUGGUGGAGCUGCUGGCUGCUUGCACUGAGGGCAAGAACGUCUACACAGAGAUCAAGUGCAACUCACUACUGCCACUGGAUGACAUAGUUAGGGUGGUUACCCAUGACGACUGCAUCCCUGAGGUGAAGAUUGCUUAUGUAAAUUUUGUGAACCACUGCUAUGUGGACACAGAAGUUGAAAUGAAGGAGAUCUACACCAGCCACCACAUCUGGAAGCUCUUUGAGAAUUUCCUCAUCGAUAUGGCCAGAGUAUGUAACAGCACCACAGACAGAAAGCAUGCUGACACUACGCUGGAGAAGUACGUCACUGAGACCAUCAUGGCCAUCGUCAAAGGCUUCUUCGGUUCACAGUUUUCUGUCAGCAACUCCAACCUCCAGACCCAUCAGCCCAUUUUUAUCCAGCUGCUUCAGUCAGCCUUCAGAGUCUAUAACUGUCCCUGGAUGAACUCUUCGCAGAAGGCCAACAUUGAGGCCUGCAUUAAGACUCUUGCUGAUGUGGCUAAGAACAGGAGCAUUGCUAUUCCUGUGGACCUGGACAGUCAGGUGAACACACUGUCUCUGAAAACCCACACCACCAUGGUGCAGCGUGCAGCCAAAGACUGGAGGCUUUCUGCUCGUUCCAGGCCCCGCAAAGAGCCCCUGGGGGCCCCGGACUACAAGAACAUUAUAGAGAAACUACAGGGUGUGGUAUCAUUUUUAAAAGAGCAGUUUGGUCCACGGGUGCAGGCUGAGUUCUCUGUGUUGGUGGACGUUUUGCACAGUCCAGAGCUGCUGUUUCCUGAGGCUGCACGACUGCGCUGUGAGACCGGAGCCUUCAUGACUAAGCUGAUUAAACACACAAAGAAGCUGAUGGAUAAGGAGGAGAAGCUGUGCAUUAAGAUCCUGCAGACUCUUCGGGAGAUGCUAGACAAGAAAGAGACCUUUGAUGAUCGGAGCAAUGCACUGAGGAAGACACUGCUGACGCACUACUUUGGUAAAGAGCGGGGUAACUCAAAGGCUCUGGACUAUGGCAGCGGGGGUGGCCCAUCCCCUGGAGUUGGCUCUCCAGGUCAGGACUCUGAUAAGCCUGGCACAACUAUGGUGGAUAUACAGUGUCUGUUGGAUAGUGUUGGAGCAUCUGAGUUGGUUAUCGAUCUCAUCGUCAGCACCAAGAAUGACCGUGUGUUUGAAGAGAGCAUUCUGCUGGGCAUUGCUCUGCUGCGUGGAGGAAACACACAGACACAGAACUCCUUCUACAGUCAGCUCCACAAGCAGAAGAAGUCAGAGAACUUCUUCAAGGUGUUCUUUGACCGCAUGCAAAUCGCUCAGAAGGAAAUCCGCUCCACCGUGACGGUCAACAUGUUUGAGAUCAGCUGCCGGAAGCGAGAGGAGGAGGGAGAAGUGUCCAGCAUCAGACACAAGAAAGGCCGUGAUGCCCUUCACCUCAAAGAGGAAAUGCGGGACCAGCUUAAGAAUGCCUCCUGUGCCACCUCUAAGGCCUAUAGCAUGUUCCGAAAGGAGGGUGACCCAGACCUGGAGAUGGUGGGAGCAGGGGCAGAGGAGAAUGAGGAGGAAGUGGAGGAGGUGCAGAUGAGUCAAGCAAUCACCAUCAUGAAACCCAUUCUGCGCUUUCUGCAGCUGCUAUGUGAGAACCACAACAGGCAUCUGCAGAAUUUCCUUCGAGACCAGAACAACAAAACAAACUAUAACCUGGUGUGUGAAACGCUGCAGUUUCUGGACUGUAUCUGUGGCAGCACCACAGGAGGCCUGGGGCUUCUUGGCCUCUACAUUAAUGAGAGGAAUGUGGACCUGGUCCUACAGACACUGGAGACCAUCACUGAAUACUGCCAGGGUCCCUGCCAUGAGAACCAGUCAUGCAUUGCCAAGCAUGAAUCCAAUGGCAUUGACAUCAUCAUUGCCCUCAUAGUCAACCCUAUCGAGCCCUUGGGAAAGAACCGAAUGGAUCUUGUAUUAGAACUGAAGAAUAAUGCCUCCAAACUGCUGCUGGCCAUCAUGGAGAGUUGCCAUGACAGUGAGAAUGCAGAGCAGAUCCUGGACAAGAUGAGACCCAAUGAGCUGGUGGAUGUGAUCAAGGAGGCCUAUGCGCAAGGAGUGGUGGAGAGUGUGAUUGAUGUGGAGGCUGCAGGAGAUCAGAUCACACCUAAAGAUGUGGGCCAUAAUAUCUACAUCUUAGCACAUCAGUUGGCACGGCACAGAAAAGCGCUGCAGCAGAGUCUGAAGCCCGGCUCGGAUGCGGACAUCGAGGGAGAGGAAUCGCUAAGAUACUAUGCCAAACACACUGCUCAGAUCGAGAUUGUGCGUCAUGACCGCACCAUGGAGCAGAUUGUGUUCCCAGUGCCGAGCAUCUGCGAGUACCUGACGGAGGAGUCCAAAGUGCGAGUCUUCACCAGUACAGAGAGGGAUGACCAGGGCAGCAAGGUCAACCACUUCUUCCAGCAGUUUGAGGACCUCUACAAUGAGAUGUGGUGGCAAAAGAAAAUGAGGAAUAAUGUUGCUCUGUUCUGGGUAUCGAAGCAUAUCUCUCUGUGGGGCAGUAUCUCCUUUAACAUGGCUGUGUUGGUCAACCUUGCUGUAGCUCUCUUCUACCCAUUUGGGGAUGAUGAAGAUGAAGGUGUCCUGCCCCCCUUCCUGUCUGUUCUGCUGUGGGUUGCCGUAGCAGUGAGCACAUCCUUGCUAUUCAUCUUGCCCAGACAAGGGGGCAUCCUGGCCUUUCUGGUCACAGUCAUCCUCCGCUCCAUAUACACCAUAGGCUUAGGUCCCACCCUGCUACUGCUUGGGGCAGCCAAUCUGCUGAAUAACAUUGUGUUCCUGGUGAGUUUUGUGGGGAACCAAGGCACGUUCACACGGGGCUACAAAGCAGUCAUCAUGGACGUGUUCUUCCUCCUCCACGUCACCUACGUCAUUGUCUGCAUGCUCGGCCUCUUCGUGCAUGAGUUCUUCUACAGCAUACUGUUGUUUGAUCUGGUACGCAGAGAGGAGACUCUGCUGAAUGUGAUGAGGAGUGUGACGAAGAAUGGACGCUCCAUCUUUCUCACCGCUGUACUGGCCAUUAUCCUGGUGUACCUCUUCUCCAUCGUGGGCUUCCUUUUUCUCAAACAAGACUUCCUGAUGCCUGUAGACCCCCUCCUUGCACAGAAGAGGGUGAAGGUGAACGAGGUUGCAGACCCUAUGAGCUGUGUGCUGGAGGGCUGCCCUGGAGCCUCUUCUCUUUCUAACUUUGGGGAGAAAGAGGAUGAGGAAGAAAUGGAACGAGUAUGUGAAACUCUGCUCAUGUGUAUUGUAACGGUGUUGAACCAUGGGCUGCGGAACGGAGGCGGCAUCGCUGACAUUCUUCGCAAGCCCUCGAAAGACGAGCCUAUGUUUGCAGCUCGUGUGGUGUAUGACCUGCUGUUCUUCUUCAUUGUCAUCAUCAUUGUGCUGAACCUCAUCUUUGGUGUGAUCAUCGACACGUUUGCUGACCUGAGGAGUGAGAAGCAGGGCAAAGAGGAGGUUCUGAAGACCAGCUGCUUCAUCUGUGGACUCGAGAGAGACAAGUUUGACAACAAGACAGUGUCUUUCGAGGAGCACAUCAAGUCUGAGCACAACAUGUGGCACUACCUGUAUUUCCUGGUGUUGGUGCGAGUGAAGGACCCCACUGAGUACACAGGUCCUGAAAGCUACGUGGCCCAGAUGAUCAAGGAGAAGAAUUUGGACUGGUUUCCUCGGAUGCGGGCCAUGUCUCUGGUGAGCAGUGAGGGUGAGAGUGAGCAGAAUGAAAUGCGCUCACUGCAGGAGAAGCUCGACACCACAGUCACGCUUGUAUCACAGCUCUCUGCCCAGCUGGCUGAACUCAAAGAGCAGAUGACGGAGCAGAGAAAAAACAAGCAGAGGAUGGGCUUCCUGGGUCCACCACAAGCAAACCAUCAUAUGCCCCCCGCACACUGAGAGCAGGACCACACAAGAACAACACACACAUGCACACAUGGAUGUUCACACUGUUAGCAGCACUACUCUGAUCAUCUCAUCUCAGCUUACUUCAGAACCUGAUCACUGUUCACUUCUGACCUUCACCUUCUCCUCACGUGAAGAAGUGUGUCAGUCGAGAUGAAAGGUAUUCUUAUGUCCACUGAGACUCCACUGUAGAGCAGAUCCCUUAUGGAAGUGGUGUCUGUGAAAUUUUAACUAAAAAGUAUUAGUCAUGUUUUAAAUGUCAUUCUGUUUUAUUGCAGUCUUACCUUUUGACAGUAACUGGAGCAGUAACGUAACUGAAGGUGAACUUUAGUAUGUAGCUGGAGUUGCUUUUGAAGUGCCUUAGAGCAUUGUCUUAAACUUAUUAGAACUGCUGACUAAAGUGUCCUUCAUGUCCUUUAGACAGAAAGAGACUGUAGAACUGGAAAAAAGUGCCUCAUCUCAUGUCCUAGUCAAAGCGAACGAGCGCUGCCAUCGGCCCUCAUUUGGUUUGUCGUUUUUGUACAUUUUUACAGCUUUGUCACUUUGAAAACUUAUACUGUGCCUACCAUAUAAAUCACAGCACCAGACGUACCUUUGUAAAAACUUUGUACAAAAAAAGAAUAGAGCAAACCUAUAUUUGUUUAAGAAUGAUGACUAAGUGAAUGUACUCAGCUGAAGAGCGAAUGCUAGAUUGGUACAUUAUACUGUUGUGGAUGAAACUUGCAGGCAUGGUUGAAAGAUCCUGCUUAUGUAACAAUGUUGAUUUCUGCAAAUCAAUCAGUUCACAGGAACAACUUUUAUCCUACUGUCAAAUCUGAAUGUGCUUUCCAGGGGAAAACCUACAAAUAGAUCAUGUGAAAAGCGAUUAGAAGUCACCUUAAUUUCUUUUUGUUUCUUUUUUUUUGGGGUGAAUUUGCACAAAUGACUCACGCCAGGAAUGAGAGUUAUAUGUACAUCAGAAGAAAAGACAUUUGUUAUCUUCUGAAAGGAGGGUGUAUUUUAUGUGGUCAGAAUACCUGUAAUAAAUAUGUAUGAAUGUG